AGAGAGGUGUGAUGCCACGAUGACUGAUAGACUGGCUGCCUUCCUAUUCCUCUGUGUAAUCUUUGUUCCACCGACUCUGGAGCUUUCUCAAAAGAUCUCCAUCACAGAGGUCAAAUUGGGUGAUGAUGUAACCCUGAGAUGUAAAACUGCUGGGUAUGACCAGCGGAUGGUUUACUGGCAUAAACUGGAGUUUGGUUUUAUGAUCGAAACAAUUGCUUUUGGUAGUAGUCCAAUUCUCCCUCUUCAGAGAGAGUUUAACAACUCAAGAUUCAAAGCCACAAAAAGUGGGAAUGAUUAUUUCCUGGAAAUUAAAAAUGUCAGCAAAGAAGAUCAAGCAACUUACUUCUGUCAGGCAGGAACAUCGUACACAAUGAGUUUCAUUAACGGCAGUCAUUUGGUUGUAAAAGGAUCUGAUGUGGAAUCUGUGUCGGCGGGAAACAACGUGAAUCCGCAGUGUUCGCUUCUUUUGCAACAUAAGGAAAACCCAGAUAAGUGUUUGGGAGAUCAGAGAGUUUACCUUUACAGACCUGGAUUGGAAUCUGAGCCGGACAUCAUUUAUACGACCAGUUCUCGCUGUGACGACCAAGAAGGAAGGAGAUGUGUCUAUCAUAUGUCCAAAGCUGUGAAGAACUCUUCAGAUCCUGGCCUCUACUCCUGUGCUGUCUCCGCAUGCAGAGAGAUCCUGUUUGGUGAAGAAAUGGAAGCGCAGAAAAAUCAAGGCGUGUGUCCAUAUGCUGUUAUACUUGGAACACUGCUGGCCUGCUGCGUACUGGCAAAUUUUGUUUUAAUUCUGACCUGGAAAAGGCAAAAUCCAGUUUGUAACAAGUGCAAGGAUGGUAAACCUUAUACUCAUGCUGAAAGUGACGGACCGGAUGGGGAUCAACAAACUGACUUGGGUGAUGAAGAUGAUGGGCUCAAUUAUGUUGCUCUUGAGUUCUCCUCAAGAAAGUCAAAAAGGCAGAGAAGCAUGAGGGAGUCCAAGGAGACCUGUAUAUAUGCAAACAGAAAAGAUUGCCAUUGAAAGAUGGAUCCUUGGAUGGUAAAAUGGUUAUGAGGAUGGCAUCUCAACAUUUUGGAUAUCCUUAUUAUAUCCUUACAUCAUUAGUGAUUACUCAAGUUGUGGUCAAACUCAGGAAAAAAUUGUGCAAAUGUUGUCUUUUAGAAACAGUUUUCUAAUUAUCCAGUCAUUUGAGAAACAGAUUAGAGACAUUUACUGAUCUCCAAAGAAAAACAUUUUAACAUGUAAAUCUUUUUUCAUUGAGAUAAUCAUGAGAGUUAUCAUCUCAAGAAAAAAAACUAAAAAAAACAAACUAGCAUACAUGGCUGUUUCUUGCCUUCUGUACAAAACAACAUAAUGAGUCGAUUUAAAUGUUAAUAUUUUUUUAAGACUUUAUAGUAAAACUGGGACUGUUAGAAAUAGACUUGGAAUAGUUUUCUUUUCUUGUUUUUUAAAGUCUGCCAUCUGCUUUGUAAAACUCACUGUGCAUGAUCAAUUCAGCAUGUUAUUUAAUGUUCAUUUUUAUAAAGUCAUUUUCUUUUUCUGUUUCUCUUUCAAUAUUACUUUUUGUUUUUUUUCUCCGCAACAAAUGAGUUUGGAUUUUUGAGUGUUCUGGACAGUUUUACCUGGCUGGUCAAAGUGAAUUCAAUGUUAUUGUGUUUAAGCUUGUUCAAUUAAUCCUAAUAAAAGGCAAUAUGUAAUAUAAUCAUUUAAAGGGGAAAAUUGGUACAAUAAUUGAAUUGAGUCUUAUCUCAUAUCCAACAAAUUUUAUUUCAGCUACAGAUUUUAUGGGGAAUAAAAAUUCUCUAAAUUGAUUUUAAAAUUCUUCUUUGACACCCCCCCCCACACACACACAAAAUAGCGA